AGUACUGAUGAGGAGAGAGGUAGGGGAUCUUACAGAUUGCCUUUCCAAAGAGUGUUGAGACGGAGGGAUUUAUCCUACAUAGUCCACCCUCAGCUCCAUUCCUCCACCCCAAAUCCUCACCUCCAGGUGGCACCCUGAGCCUUUUCGUUGCCCCUAAGCAGCACAAGAGAAGAACCUCAUGGAUGAGAAAUAUAAUAUGGAUCAGCUGCUGUCUGAGGCUGUUUGGGAAGCAGAGACGCGGAGACCUCAGGAGGACACUCUGAGGUGGAGACAGAAGCUUCAGGAGCUCUGCUCCCUGAAGGAAGAACAGGAAAGGCUAAAGCUGAGAAAGGAGGAGCUAAAGCAACUCCAGACAAAGCAACGUGCCCACCAGAAGAAGGAGGUCCCCUUCCCAGUGCCUCAGGCAGUCGUAGUGUUCCAAGGACAGACAAAGAAGGAAAAGGAAGUGUCUGAGACCUUCUUUUCCAAUCUUCGUAUCCAUUAUCCCCUGCCUGGGAGUUCAGCUUUGGUCACCUUUGAGGACCCUAAAGUGGCAAAAGGUCUCCUGCAGCACCAAGAGCAUAAUGUCAUCUUGGAAGAAUGCCGGCUUCGAGUCCGAAUCCAGCCUGUGGAAUUGCCUGCUCUCACCAGCAUCAAGGUGCUGACUUGGUUAUGCAGCUAUAAGGUGCUAAUCAUCGGGCUGCCCCCUGCCCUAAAGCUGAGUGAAGACCAGCUGUUAGACAAGUUGGAGCUUUUCUUCAGCAAACCCUCGAAUGGAGGUGGUGAGGUGAAGAUGCGGGAGCUGCUUCCAGGGGCGGCUGUUCUGGGCUUUACUGAUGACAAAGUGGCUGAACGCCUGGCCAACAUCCACCACUUCAUGAUGACCUUGGGUGGUGCUGAGGUUCCUUUGAGGGUCUUUCCUUAUGUCAGUGGGGACAUCCAGGAGAUGGAGAUAAGUCGCUGCUCGGUCCCCCACUCAGUGCUGGUGGUUAAUAUCCCAGACGUCCUUGAUGGGCCAGACCUUCAGGAUGUCCUCGAAAUCCAUUUCCAAAAGCCAACUCGAGGUGGGGGUGAGGUGGAAUCAUUGAUGUUUGUGGCCCCUGGGACACAGGGCCUGGCCCUUUUCACCCCCGAGUAGGGUUAGCCAGCCACAAGCUCUCCUCGUGGCUUCUCAUUGUACCUUAUCGUCCCAGAUUUUGCAUCUGUUAAAGGGGGAGGGGAGAGGUCUUCAUUCCCUUCUCUCCCUCCAAAGCAUUAAACCCCUUUGUGCUAUGGAAUAUAAGACCCGACAA